UAAGAAAAUAUGCAUCAUCGCGACGAUGAGAGCGUUAUAAACCCCAUGUACUUCGCUCAGCAUCUCUGUACCAAUAAACCCUCUUCCCGGUUCAAGAAAAUUCCUCUCGAGACCUUCUAUCCUCCCAAAUCACGACCUCUUACCCAUAACCAUGUCUGCCGAAUACAAGGGCCAGAACCCCAUCGACAUCGCGAAGCAGGCUGAGCAGAACCUCAACUCUCAUUCGAAUGUCCACGGCACAGAUCCCAACACUGUAAACCCCAACCGCGGUCCUGGUGCCAGCGACUCGGCCAUCGAUUCUGGGAUCGACGAGUCCGCAGUCAACAAGUUCCCCGGUGCCACCGUCACAGUAGGCUCUGGCGCAUCAGGCGGCGGCAACAACCGCGACAUUCCUCUGUCCGAGGGUGGCGAUAUCAACCCCGCGACCGGGCAGCUGUACAAGGCUGGUGACUUCGAGAAGGGUGUUGGCGCACCUGAGACCAGGGAUGCGAGCUAUGCAAAGAACCACGGUGGUGAGCCUGACGCGAACGCGCCUGUGAGGCAAAAGUAGAGCUGGCAAGGCUGGCGUGGAUGGAACGAUACCUAUACACGGAUGAUGCAGCAUUGCGCUGAGUCCGAUGAUUUAAUGAAUGAACAACGUUAAACCAAGGAUA